UUUUUUACUGCUGACACUGUGUGUGUGUUACGUGCUGGAGGUGUUGACAUUGGUCGGUUGGUGGUGGUGUGGUACGUUCUUGCUUUGCCUUCGCUUUAUGGUUGUCACCCAAAAAGUGUCCGCUGUUUGUGUGUGAUCUUCAAAAGAUUUUUGAUCAGCAAGACAAAUGCCUCCUCCAAUUUAUUCCCUGGGUGGGAAAACCUUUCCUGUUCCUGCCAAGCUGCAUUCAGACAAUAGAGGGCGCUUACUGAACCGACUGCGAGGCAACAAGGAUGUACCCUCUGGGGCUGUGAUUCUCCUUGAAGGAGGGAAGGAGAUCAAUCAAUACUGCACAGAUAUCGAACUGGUGUUUCGUCAGGAAUCCUUUUUCAUGUGGACAUUUGGGGUGGAGUUGUCUGGAUUCUUUGGUGCAAUCUCUGUCGAUACAGGCAAGACUGUUCUGUUUGCCCCCAAGAUUCCUGAAGCAUACAUUGUAUAUGUUGGCAAGUUGAUGUCAAAUGAGGAUUUGAAAGAGCGUUAUGCUGUUGAUGAAGUACACUUUGUUGAGGAGAUGGCAGAAGUGUUGAGAGCCAUGCAACCCAGCACUCUUCUCACAUUGAAAGGUGUUAAUACAGACAGUGGAUUGACAUCACAUGAGGCUACAUUUGACAGCAUUGACAAGUUUACUGUCGAUAAUUCUAUACUCCAUCCAGAAAUAUCCGAGUGUCGAGUCUUUAAGAGCCCGGGAGAGCUUGAGAUUCUGCGCUAUGUCUGUCAGGUCAGCUGCGAGGCACACAAAGAGGUCAUGAGGAAGGUCAGACCAGGCAUGCAGGAGUACCAGCUGGAGAGUACAUUCAAACAUCAUGUGUACUACCAUGGGGGAUGUCGCCAUGUGGCUUACACCUGUAUCUGUGCAAGUGGUAUCAAUGCAUCAGUGCUUCACUAUGGGCACGCUGGAGCUCCAAAUAAUCGCCAGAUCCUGGAUGGAGACAUUUGCUCAUUUGACAUGGGAGGAGAGUACUACUGCUAUGCGUCAGACAUCACAUGUGCCUUUCCAGCCAAUGGCAAGUUCACUGCUGAUCAGCGUAUGAUCUAUGAGGCUGUACUCAAGGCCAAUAGGGCAGUCUUCAAGACCAUGAAACCAGGUGUUCUCUGGCCGGACAUGCACCGUCUGGCAGAGCGUGUUCUCCUUGAGGAGCUUACCCGUCAUGGAUUGCUCAAAGGUGACGUAGAUGAGAUGAUGAAGGUGUACCUGGGGGCAGUCUUCAUGCCUCACGGCCUGGGCCACUUCAUGGGUUGCGAUACCCAUGAUGUAGGUGGAUACCCGAAGGGUGUAGAUCGAAUCCAGAGACCAGGUAUUAAGAACCUGCGUACGGCUCGUGUCCUGCAAGCUGGUAUGGUCAUUACAGUGGAACCUGGAUGCUACUUCAUUGCAGCAACCCUGGAGCCAGCUUUGAAGAACCCUGACAUGAUGCCAUUCCUCUGCCCAGAUGUCUUAGAGAGAUUCAAGAACUUUGGAGGGGUCCGCAUCGAGGAUGAUGUUUUGGUGACACAAGAUGGCGCUGAGAAUCUCUCCUCGGGUGUUCCCAGAGAAAUAGACGAGAUAGAGGCCCUGAUGGCAGAAGGACGUUAGAUAACGGAGCCUCGUGACCAACCAAAACCGCCCAACCAUCAAGGGACCAGCCGUCGACACAACGAGUUAGGUCUGCAUGCUACAGUGCAGGGUUGGGACUCGUCCUAAGUCAUAAGAUUAAUCCUAAGUUAGGAAGAGUUUUGUG